CGCGGGGGGAUGCGCGCGUUGCUCGUGCUCGGGUGUUUGGCGCUGUCGCUAGCCGAGCGGCCGCUGGUCCGGCUCGGUGACGGGGUGCUGCGCGGCGUCACGCUUCGCUCGUUCGAGGGACGCCAGUAUGUCGCCUUCAAGGGCAUCCCGUAUGCCCGACCACCGGUGGACGACCUGCGCUUCCGGCCGCCGCGCGCUCACCCCGGCUGGUCGGGGGUGCGCGACGCCGCCCGGCAUGGUGCCACGUGUCUGCAGUUCAAUAUGAUGAAUGACAACAUCAAGGAGGGCCAGGAAGACUGCCUGUUCGUCAACGUGUACUCGCCCCGACUGCCAGCUGGUGACGGUGAGCCCGGUCUGCCCGUCAUGGUGUGGAUCCACGGCGGGGGCUUUGUCAGCGGCUCUGGCGACGCCGACCUCUACGGCGUUGACUUCCUGAUGGACGAGGACGUCGUGGUCGUCACUCUCAACUAUCGACUCAACGUGUUCGGCUUCUUCACCACAGAUGACGCCGUGGCGCCGGGCAACGUGGGUCUGCUGGACCAGGUGCUGGCGCUGCAGUGGGUGCGCAGCAACAUCGCUCGCUUCGGCGGCGACCCGCAGCUGGUGACGCUGUUCGGCGAGUCGGCCGGCGGCGCCAGCGUCUCGCUGCAGGUAAUCAGCCCGCUGUCGGCCGGCCUGUUUCACCGAGCCGUCAGCCAGUCGGGUGGCGCCUCGGCCUGCUACGUGGUCGGCGGCCGGCAGCGGCCCCUGGCGUUGCACUUCGCCGCCGAACUCGGCUGCCCGUCGGAGCAUAGCCGGGCCGUGCUCGAGUGUGUGCGACGCGCGUCGGUCGAUGAUAUUAUGCGAGUGCUUGGCGCGCUGGGCCCCUCGGCCAGCGCUCGGUCCAAAAAGUUCCACCCGCGCGUCGACCCGGAGGCCACGUCACCAUUCAUGCCGGCUGAGCCGAACGUGCUGCUCCAGCGGGGUGAGUUCAGCCGCGUGCCCUGGAUGAUGGGAUGUGCGCGGGACGAAGGUCUGUUCGUCCUCAACUUUGUUCAUGGCAGUAGUUCGGACACCCUGAAGCGAGCCCAAGAGGGAGACCUGGAGGCAUGGGGCUCCAAUGAGCUCAUGUGCGGUGGUAGUCUCUCUGACAAGACUGAGAAACCUCUCGAGGUCGCUGCCAAGAUCCGUGACUUCUUCCAGAGCCGCGGCAACUCUAAUGCUGGUCUCAUGGACUUCUUCGGUGACCGCUUAGCUGCGCUGACACUGUCGACCGAGUCUGAGCUGGCGUCGCAGUACGUGCCUGUCUACAAAUACGUGCUGGACCACGUGGGGCCGGGCCAGAUGCACUUCACCGAUCUGCUACAGAUCCCGGUACCGCCGGCGCCGCAUGCUACGCACGGCGACGACCUGGCCUAUCUGUUCCACGGUGAACGGCAGCCGCUGCCGGAGCGCGGCUCGCCCGAGCACACCAUGAUCCGGCUUCUGGUGAACCUGUGGACGAGCUUUGCACGGCGCGGCUACCCCACCACGGACGUGCUGGACGCGCCCGCCUGGCCCAUCUUCACGGCGCAGAGUCAACGCCACCUGCGGCUGAACGCGGCGCCGGCCCUUGGAGACCAUGCCUUCGAAGAGCGCGUCCGCUUCUGGAAAAGCCUGCCGUUGGCCGAGCCGUGGAAUGCGCACGAGCAGUCUAGUCGGCUACGUGGCGAGCUCUGACCGCUAGGUGGGAGUAGUGGGGUUCUACCAAGUUCAAUUUUUUGGCGGUGAGGUACCGCUAAUGGAUUUGUACUCUGAUUCGAGAAUAGGUGCAGGCAAUGGGGCGGUGGUGGGUUAAAGAAUACCUUACAACAUUCUUGUGGUUUCACCGAGUGUCACGCUGAACUCUAUAGCUCGGUGGUUCGCAAGCAAUGAGCUGUCUAUACCGGCUGGAUUAAGGAAACUAAAACCUGGCAUCGCUUGAAUCUGUGACGAGGUCUGGUUCGCCUCAGUUUAAGUCAGUGUAUGCACUGCUAAUCUGGAAGCGGGACACUGGCGCAGCGCAAGCCUUGUUGAUGCGCGUGGUGUCUGCAGUCCCCGUGGUCUGAUGGAAAGGCUACACGCAAUGCAAUAGUGCCGGUUACGAGCUCCAAGGUGGGCGCGCUGCCUUGCCCGACAGUUGAAGGUAAGUCUACUGACAGCUGAACAAAUGAAAUAGCCUGGUCCCGAGUUGGGUUCUUGGCCGAUUGACAGAAACGUCUGUUGAAAACUGACCAAACCAAAUCAGCCUGACCCCCGCGACCGCGUCUGGAAUACGGCCCAGGCCACACCGAUGCCCUGAUAUGUGCCCUGCAUGGUCCAGAGUGGUGCGCAGCUGGGCCGCGGACUGAGUGUCAAAUAAAAGGCUAUCCCCACAUCCUGCUCACAUCCAGAAAAGUGUCACAUCUUGCCGCGGCCGUCAGCAAAAUUCUGCAAGGAUCAUCCAGGGUUAUGCCGGGUUUCCGGACACUGCCCAACCGGACUACCCGUCUCAGGCCCGGCAGGAAUUACAAAAAUGCUGGCUGGGUAUUUUCUCGAGAUUAAUGUGUGAUUAGCAGAAACAUCUGCUACCCUGGGGUGGAGUUAUGAAAUUCUGGUGCAAAACCAUAAUGAACUGCCGUGAAGUCUUCAGAACAGGGUCAUGAAAGAUAACGAAUUUGUUGUUUUGUUAGGGCCAUCCAGUUGAUAACUCAUUUGAGUCCUGUAAACCAGCGCGAAAAAGGAGAAAAAGGCUUUAAUGAGGCAAAACGUAUGACACAUCCUUACAACCAAACCAGCUGUAAGAAAACUGGUUAACGACGAGGAAAAUUAAAGGGAGACUCCCACGUUUCCAUGGGAUUUUGAACUAAAUCAGCCAUCUUAAGGAUCACUCCAUGCAGUUCACGGCCCUUCCCUUUUAUAAGCGAGUAUGCUACCUUUUUGUACUUUUCACUUAUUAGGUCAGGCGCGCUUAAUUUGAUCGGUGAUGCCAGUUUUCGCGAAAUCCUUCUGAAAAGCUUCGAAUUUCGAUUUGAAGUGGCCGCUCCUGCGAAAGGAACCUUAUCGGACUCUCUGGUCAUCACUACGCAACAAAACCCUUUACUAUGUCUUGCUUUUUCCCAAGUGUGCAUUCUGUGAUGCCUGCAAAACACCAAAUUGUCCAGAUGCAUGUGUAAUAAAUCCAAUGAAAGCUGGAAACACUCUUUUUAGAGAAAGGGAUAUGUACAGAUGAUGUUGUUAUCCCGCGAACUCAAUGGCACGUCAUACUAUGA